CCAUGAAACUGCUGCUCUAUGUGCUGAGGUCAGCUCACUGGUCAGCAGAUCAGGCAAACUCAACCAGCCGUGCCGUGGCCUGCGUUCUGCAAUUGUUGAUCAGCUGCACCGGAGAUUUGGUCGAGUACUUCGACGAAUGGGCACUCGUGCAGUGUGCGAUACGCGGCACAUGCUUCUGUGAGUCCGCCAAAGCCACCUAUGCCUUGAUUCUUUGCAACGGCCUUGGUGCAGCAGUCCUAGGUGAUUUGCUCUUGAAUUCGCUGUCAACUCUUGGAUGCCUCUUCUGCGGCAUGAUCGGCUGCGGUCUGGGGGCGCUCAUGAACUCCGCCCUGCACCCCGCCGCCGCAACCCCCGUGUGGAUCUCGAGUCUUGUGGGCGGCGUCCUCGCGGGCGGCACCGUGCUGCGGCUCUACAGCAGUGGAAGCCAGGCGAUGAUCCUCUGCUGGGCGGAGAAGUCAACGCCACUGCACGAAAGCCAUGGAUUUGAGGAUAUCCAUACGGAGCUUCAGGCGAAGAUUCGAGAAUCGGAAACGUCUUGAGCAGAAACGUCUUGCGCAGCGAUGGAUGGGUGGACUGGAGACAUCAUGCCAUGAGUGACAAAACAUCUGAAUAGAGGAUGGAGUUUCUUGCUCGGGCCGGUCUUUUGCGAAGCCUGGCUCAAAUUUGCUUUGAAAUCGGGAGGCUUCUUUGACUUGAAGCUCUAAAGUUGAGCUUUCUUUCUGACCAAGUUACUCUGCUGUGUUAAACAUUGUUUUCUGUGUGAGCUCUCAUUGAGUUCUUCUGCAAACACACUCGGCCAAUGAUUCCAUUCUACGAGAUGCGUCAACACAAGCUAUGUGAGAAUCAUCACGAACUUCCUGCCAAAGAUUGGGAAGAUGCCGUUGUUGGUUUGAACCAAACAAGCCAGCGAGAAGAUGGAGACUGCUUUCUGGCUCCUGCAGUGCGAAAGCGUUCUCGGCAGGGCCAAAGUAUUUCAAGCAGUACUCUCAUUUUCCAGAAGCUUGGGAAAUGGACGGUGCCAGUGCAAUUGUUCUGGCAGACGUCAUAGAUGUAUCCUUAUCGCUUGCACAA